ACUCUGAAGCAGCCAGACCUCUGGCACGAUGUUCAGCAUCAGGGUGCUACUACACAAACUCCUGAUUCUUUUGCAGGUUACUCUGUCUGUUGCUGUUGGUAAAACCAUGAUGAUACUGUUCCCCGACACCACAAAAAGAUACAUCCUAAAGCUGGGAGAAAAGAGCAGAAUGAAUCAGAACCCGAAGUUCAGCUACGAAAACUGGGGUCCGACUUUUUUCAGCUUCCAGUAUUUGCUCUUUGUGCUGAAAGUGAAGUGGAGGAGGCUGGAGGACAAAGCCUACGAGGGACACCCUGCUCCCAACACACCGGUGGUGGCUCUAAAUGGGGAGAUCCGGCAGCUCUCGAGUUUCAUGCGAGAUAACCGACCUUUAAUCCUCAAUUUUGGAAGCUGCACCUGACCUUCGUUUAUGUUAAAAUUUGAUGAGUUCAACAAACUUGUCAAAGAUUUCAGCUCUGUAGCAGAUUUCCUUAUCAUCUACAUCGAAGAAGCUCACGCAGUAGAUGGAUGGGCCUUCAAAAACAACGUUGUUAUUAAAAAUCACAGAAGCCUUGAGGAUCGAAAAACUGCAGCACAAUUUCUUCAGCAGAAGAAUCCCUUAUGUCCAGUGGUUUUAGACACAAUGGAAAACCUGAGCAGUUCACAAUACGCAGCACUGCCAGAAAGACUGUAUAUACUUCAAGCAGGGAAUGUUAUCUACAAGGGAGGAGUGGGGCCUUGGAAUUACCACCCCCAGGAAAUACGCACUGUCCUGGAAAAACUGAAAUAGAAAAAGAAGAGGACAUCAGAGUAAAGACUAUCUGGAUAUAAAAGCUCAAUGGAUAAGUUUUCAUAGACCUAAGAGUUAAAAAACCAAAAUCUCAAAAUGCUAGAAACGACUAGAAGGAGAAUAACGUAGUGCAUUUGAAGACCAUCCAUAAUGUGGUUCAUCAUUCGUGUGUCUGGAGAUGUUCAGGUCUAUCACAGCCACCUCAGCUGUUGUGCUUACAUCGAUCUUUCUGCGCUGCACCACGUGCAGUAAUGAAUGCCAUUGGAAUCCGUUGAGCUGUUGUGACUGGAUACCAACAUCUACAUUCCUACGGUGCAGGAUAAACUGUAGGGGUGGUGCCAUUUGCAAGAGCCAAUUUCAUGCAAAACAACUGAUUGCACGUUUUUAAGUUUCUCUCUCUCUUGUAUACAUACCAUUUUUCUAAACAUUCAGUUUCACUCACUUUAGAAGGCUUCUGAAUGAGACAAUCUCUUGACAUUUGUUUCUAUAAUAUUUGUUAUGACAGUCACAGCAAAAAGCACAGACAGCUGUGACCUGAUUUUAUAAAAUAUUUUUAGAAACAAAGGAUUGAUCUCAAUUAUUCAAACAAAUAAACAAACAAACCUUUCA